AUGUUACGGAAAUGGAAAACAAUACUUGCAAAUUGGAUUAAUUGCUAUUUUGAUGAUCAAAAAGACUAUCCUGUUACUCUUGAAUCCCUCCUGAACAUAAUAUCACAUUUACGAGAAAACUUCAGCUUGGACGAGUCAAAAUCUUCUCUGCUGGAUGCAGUCACAGUUGCAGAAUUUGUGCUAGAAAAAUACCCAUCUUUUAGAUUUGAAAAUGGGAAAUUUGAACCGACAACAGAGGAUGAAAUAUACAUGGCCGCGACCCUACUCCUGUAUUUUGUUUGUGUUAAUUCUAAAGAUGUGAAUAUUAAGAGUGCAAUGUGUAAAAAGUUAUGUGCCACUGAUCAGGAAAUUAUACUUAAAUUUAGUAAAUGUUUGAUGCUAUGUCCUGUUAUCACUUCUUCUGAUGUUUUGGCAGCUAUUACAGAGGCCUGUGGCCAGGAUGAAGCGGCUUCGGAUAGCAAUCUGAACAAAGUUGCCGAGACACCUCCUGCUCUUCGAUCAUUGCAUGGUGAAGUAAGACGGCUACAAGCUGCUCUCGAUGCUGAGCGAUUUGACCGAAACUAUCUUCAAGAUGAGCUAACCCGGACCAAUUUGAAAGUGGAGAAGCUUCUAAAAGACAAGGAGCAAUACAAACAAGACAUAGUCAACUUAAAAGCCAAGAUAUCAACGUGCUGCGGCCAAGAAGAUGAUAUAAAAGGUACAGAGACUUCAAGCAACAAUUCAGUCAAGUUAUUAAAACAAUUGGAGCAAACUGAAGAGCGUUUGAUGGCUGUUCAGGAGCAAUUAGAGGAUGUCCAGUAUGAGAGAGAUUCUUACAAAAAUAAGUUGGAUGAAUUAAAACGCGAGAGAGACAAAUGGAUUACGAUAAGUCAACAAGAGUCCAAUCGUGCGUCUCAACUAGUUGAGGAGUUAGAGACAGAACGUAGACAAGUCCAUUCAUUACGUGAACUUGUAACAGAGUUACGUCAACAUAAUCGUCUUAACGGUCUGGACUCUAGCCAGUUGGAGUGUGAUGAUAUUGAUACAAGUGUGCAAUCUUUACCACAUAACUCGUCUGUAUGUAGUGAGGUCUGUGCAAAUGUUAUCGAGGUACAACUUGGGGAAGAACGUGCUAAAAUUGAACUUUUAAAACAACAGAUACAAUUGUUUCAGGAUCAAUUAAAUGACUUAACUAAGAAAUCUGAGAAAGAGAGUCAAAACUUGACACAAAUAAUAAGUGAAAAAGAUACAGAGAUAUUUAAUUUAAAACACCGUGUCAAUGAGGAAAUCGAAGAAAGGAAUGUGUUAAAAGUGCAUUACGACAACGAAGUUACAAAAUUAAACAAUGAGGUGAAUGAACUAGAACAGAGACUACGGGACACAGGAGAAAACUCAAGACGCAUAAUUGACUCAAAGAUGACCGAAAUUCAAAUCUUACAAGAGGAAAAAUUAUCCCUUCUUCAAAGUCUUUCUGAUGAAAUAACGAAAUUCGAAAACGUUAUAAAAGAUCUGAAAGGAGAAAUUGAUGCCGAGAAGUCUUCUAAAUUUAAAAUGAGGGAUGAGUAUGAAAAUCAAAUGAUGAAGUUAAAAGAAAAAGUCUCAAAUCGAAAUAAUGAAUUGGUUGAACUGCAAAAUAAGAUCUUCGAAAAAGGCGAAACAAUUGAGAUUCUUCAAAGCGAUCUGCGUAAAGAAAAAGAAAUAUCAGCCAAAUAUCAUAAUGAUGUCGCAAAUUUAACCAUUCAAGUUCGAGAAAUUGAAAAUACCUUGCAAGCUAAGACAGAUGAAAUUUCAGAUUAUAGGAAUCAAUUACAACAGUACGCUAUGUAUAAUGAAACACUUAACAAGGAUGUGAGUCAUCUUAAAAAUUGUCUUUCAGAGUCAAAUAAUGAACUCAACCGUUUACAGGAUUGUAACGAAAAAUUAAAUAUUGAAUUACAAAAUCGCGAUGUGAGAAUUGGGCAACUUCAAAAAGAAAUUGAGCAUCAAAAUGUUACAUUUAAUGAGGAAAAGAAAAAAUUACAUUACUGCUUAGAUGAGAUCCGGGCUACAGCAGAUGCUUUGAAAAGUCAACUACAUAAUGAGAUUCAAUAUAAAAUUACAGUUGAAAACGAAAAACAAAGUUUAGCAGAAGACUUUAAGAAAUUAAAAGAAGAAUUAAUGAUAAUGCAAUCAGAGAAAUCAGAUAUUAAUAAAUAUUUAAAUCAAGAAAAGGAAUUAAAUGAAAAGCAAAAGAAAAAAUGUGAAGAAUUAAAUAAAGUUGUACAACAAUUAAAAGAAGAAAUACUUGAAAAAGAGUCUAGGAUCAAAACAAUUGAAGAACAUUUAGCUCAAGAAAAACUUGAGUUUGAAGAAAAAUAUAGUAAACAGGAAGCGAUUAUUGAUUCGACAAAUAAAGCAAUAAUUUCUGAAAAAGCAGAAAAAGACAAUAUAAAGCAUGAGUUGGAAACAAUUGUAUCAGAAAAGAGCAGAUUGCUGGAACAAGUAAAUGAGAAGAAGGAGAAUAUCGUUAAAUUAAGUUCUAAAGUAGAUGAGUUAUCUGAAUUGGCAGAAGAAAAUAAGAAUACAAUAAUCGAACUUCAAGAAGUUAUAAUAGAAAAAACUCAAGAUUAUGAAAUUAAACAAAAGAACUUUGAUACAGAGACUACAAAACUUAUGACGAAAUUGACUGAAUUGGACAAAUCACUGAAGGAACUGAAUACAAAGUCCAAUAAUUGUAUAGAAAAUAAAGAUUUACAAAUAGGGACAUUAAAAUUGGAUGUAGAGAAGCUGCAAACAUCAUUACAGAAUGAAUUGGAAAAAGUAUUGGUGAUUGAAAAUGACAAAAUAGUUUUGGUACAAGAACUGGAGCAAAUGAAAGCUAACAAAAAUAAUCUCGAGAAAGAAUAUUUGAAUAAAUGUGCCGUAUUUAAUUGUACAACUGCUCAAUUGAAUGAUAAUAUAGGAAAGAAAACUGAGGAAAUAAACACACUUAAACAGGAAAUAGAAGUGUUGUUAAAGAACAACACAGAUAAAUUGGAAGAAACAGAAAUCUUAAGAUCUCAUGUAGAUCAAGCAAUGGAAAACGUUAAUGAGAAAGAUAAGCAAAUUAAAGAACUAAAUGUGAAAGUUGAAAAUUUAGAAUCUCUUCUUGCUGAUUCUAAAAAAGAAUUGAAAUGUGUUAUCGAUAAUAACUUGAAAAUUGUUGAAUCUCUACAAAAAGAAAAUAAUCAGUUACAUUACACGAUAGAAGAAGAUAACAGCACAUAUGAAGUGAUGGUUAAAGAAAAGGAUCAAGUAAUAGAAAAUCUUGAAAAAGAACUACAGAACAAAAGGGACAAUUUAGAAAUUAUUUUGAAAGAUCUCGAAAAAGAGAAAUUUAUUUUAGAAAAGACUAAAAGUGACAUGCAAGAACAUAUCAACAUUAAAGACAAUCAAAUUGAAGAAUUGACUAAUAAAAUACAAAAAAUGGAAAUUAAGUUGCAAGAAAGUGAAACAGUACUACAUACAUUAGAGAGUAAAAUUAAUAUUUUAUCAAAAGAAAAAGAAAAACUGACAGUAGAAAUCAAUUCAUUAAGAAAGACGUCAACUGAAAGUGCUCUGACCAACGAUCAUUUAAAGGAAAGUCUAACAGCAGAGAAAGCGGCAAGAGAUUGUCUUGAAACGGAAAAACAAAGUUUAUUAAAAGAAAAUGAAGAAUUAAUUACUAAGCUUACUGAAAUCGAGUUUGACCACAAUAAUGUGAUGUCAGAGAGGGAUAGUUUAUUUAAUGAAAAAGCAAUAUUAGUACAACAGCUAAUGGAUGAGAGAUCUGUAUUGAAAAUUGCAGAUGAGGGAAAAGAAGCUUUGUUAAUAGAAGUUCGGAAACUUGACAAGCAAUUACAAGAACUAACAGAAACAAAUAAUACAUUAAUACAAGAAAAGGAAUGUCUUACUCAGCAACUUGUAGAGGAAAGACAUUCCAAGGAGUUAGCAGAACAAGAAAAGAAAAACAUUAACGAAUUAAAAACAGAUAUAGAAGCUAAAUUAAAUGCAAGAGAAAGACACAAUUUUGAUUUAGAAGAGAAUAUUAAUAUUUUGACUAGAAAUAUUGACAUACACACAUCUAAUUAUGAAAAAGAAAAAUCACUAAACGCGACAUUAAACAAUGAUAUCCAAAAAUUAAAAGUAGAUAUUGACACAUUAUCAAAUGAAAAUGAAAAUUUGACUUCGGAAAUAAAAACUUUAAAGAGAGAAUUGCUUGAUCUCAAAAAUGUCGAAGAACUUUUGAAUGAGAAUAAAGCAAUACUUGAAAAAGAAAAUGAAACAUUAUCUUUAGAAGAUAGUAAUAAGCAAAUUACGAAUGUUCUGAAUUGCGGGUUACGUAAAAUAUUUGACGAAAUCAAAAAGGACGAAAACUGUUCCGAUAUUUUGAAAAAAUUUAAAUGUUUUGAAAAUGAAAAUACUGAUACAGAGGUAUUCUGCGAUGUGUUUCUAAACAUCUUGAGUGACUUAACUUCAGAGAUAGCAUUGAAAAGAGGAUUGGAGAGUACUUUAAAGGAAAAGGAUUUGUUACUAAAAGAUAUGUUAGAUCAGGUUGAGAAUAAAGGGAAAAGAAUUUCUGAACUAGAGUUUGAGGUACAGAAACUUCACAAAAUUAUAAAUGAAACUAAAAAUGAGUUGACUAAACAAAAUGAUUCAUACAACUCCAUAAUAGAAUCGAAAGUAAGAGAUAUAGCACAGCUACAAGCAGAAAAUGAAUCUCUUAAUAUCGAAUUAAACGACCUCAAAGUUCAAUUAGAUGUCAAAGUACAUUCCCUUAAGGAAAAACUAGUUGAUAAUGAGAAUUUGACAGACAAAUUAAAGGAAACAUAUGAAAAUCAGAUUGAUAACUUGAACAUGGUGAUAUCAAAGGUGACUAAUUAUCUGAAGGAAAAGACGGCAGAGUUAGAGUCGAUGAGGGCGGAAAAAGAAAAAUUGCAACAUGUGAUUGAGGAGAAAAAUAUUGAUAUAAAAUCUCUAGAAGAUGAUUUAAAAGUUCAAAAACAAAAUCAAGACAAAUUAAUCACUGAGUUUGAGUCUGAAAGACUUGUUCUUAAAAAUAUGGUCACCGUCACAGAAUCUGUAAUGGAAGACCAGAAAAAUAGUCUGAAUAAUAUCAUUUUAGAUAAUGUCAAAGCAAACGAGGCUUUACAAGGGGAAAUAAAAACCCUGAAAGCGUUAAUUGGUUCUGAAAGAAGUAACUUUGAAGUUGUAUUAAAAGAUAAAGAACUCAAGGCAAAAGCAGCAUUAGAAUCUGCGUUGAAAGAGUUAAAUGAAUUGCGGAAGGAAAAAGAAGAUGCUCAGAAAGACGUCGAAUCACGAAUUCUAGAACUUGAAAGUAAAGUUUUAGUGUUGGAAGAAAAUAUUCUUGAGAAAAAUUCUCUAAUAGACACAUUCAAAACUGAAAACAAAGAUUUGAUUGAAAAGUUAGAGAAGCAUAAAGAAGAUAUUGUUUUAUUAGAAGAAAAGAGCAAUGAAUGGAAAAUUAAAAAAGAUACUACUGAAGUGGAAUUUGAAAGUAAACUUAAAAAAUUAAAUGAAGACCUAGAAACAAAAUGUAAACAUGCAAAUGUUUUAGAAGAAUUACUUGAAAAUAAAGAAAAGGAAAAUAAUGAAAUUUCAAACAAAGUGCAAGAACUUGAAGAACAAAUAUUUAUUUUAGUUAAAGAAAAGGAAAAAAUAGAAUUAGAAAAAAGUGAAUGUUGUAAAAAAUUAACUGAAUUAACUUCUGAUUUAGAAAAACAAAAUAAAAUUUUGAUAGGACUGAAGACUGAAAACGAACAAUUUGUUCAAGCUAUAAAAGAUAAAAAUUCAGAAAUUACGAAAUUAGAAGAAAAAUUGCAUUUAGAAUUAUUACAACAAAAUGACAAUAAUACUAAAGAGAAAAUUAAUCUUGUCAACAAAUGUUCUAUUUUAGAAGAAUAUCAAAGUAAAGCUGAAACUGAACUGGAAAAUCGUCAAAAGGAAAUAAAUUUACUUCAGGAAGAAAUUACAACAUUAAGAAAUAAAGCAACUCAAGAUAUCAGCGAGAGGGACAGAAUUAUAGUUCAAAUCAAGGAGGAAAGAGAUGCUUUGAUAAGUAAACUAAAUGAACAAAUGAAACAAUUACAAAAUACAUUAAAUUAUUUGAAAAACGAAGUGGUAAUAAAGGAAGCAGAUAUAGGAAUGUUAUCGAAGAAACUGGAAGAGAGGAAUCGACAGGAUGAAGUUAUCAAGACAUUGGAAAAGGAAAAUGAGCAGCUGUGUAAAGCGACGGGACAAAUAGAUACUUUUGCCGUUGUCAGUCAAGAAAAAUCAGGUCCUAAAUAUUCUGGACAAGCCGAAGUAAACUACCGCGAUCUUCAACAACAGGUAGAUAACACUUCUACAGACACACACUCUUCCAUAGAAAGCUACAAAACCAUAUCCGACUUAGAAAAAAUCAUUCACGACCGCAACCGGACCAUUACGACCCUUCAAAGUGACAUCACCUACUUAAAAUCCUUGAUAGCCGAAUCUGAAAACAAAUUACUAGACGUUUCCAAAGAUCUGGAACUGAGCAAAGAAAAUUGUCAGCAACUUUCGAGUCAAUUGAAAAAAAUAGUUCACCAAAAGAAUGAGGAAAUAGCUGACCUCAAGAAGCAGGUAUCAAAAAUGAGCGCCACGGAAAACAGGGCUUCACAAAUAAUAAAAGUUUCCGCCAAAUAUCAGGCGAUUAUACUGAAAAGGAUAGCUGAAAUCAAAUCUAAUACAGUCUUGAAAGAGUUGACUAACUUCGGAAAUUCGAAUACUGAUAACGACAUAAGACGCAGUUUAAAUGCUGGCACGAUAACUAUGGAAGAUUUAGAAAACUUCUUAGAAACUACCGAGCGUCACAUACGGCGUUGUUCCGAGAAACAGGUCGCACUACAGAAGGAAAGAGAUAGGCUAAACGACAUUAACAAGAUAAACGAGUCGGAAAUUAUAAAUAUGAGAAAAUUCCUAACCGAGUUGUCCGUGAGCAUCAAGACAUUUAGCUCUGUGAGGGAAUUAUACGCGCAAAAACUGAGCCGGGUCAUAUCCUUACAGAGGACGGUGAGACGAGAGAUAUUGAAUCUCGACGGUCAUAUAACUGACGCUACGUUGUGUAAUUUAGAACGAGGUUAUGCCGCAGUAAUGCAAGAUUUGUCCGAAUGUGCUCUAAAUCUAGAGAGAUGGAUAGAGCGCUGUAUUACGAGAACUAUUUCAGCGGAAAAGAUCAAGCAGGCGUUUACGAGUGAUUUAGAUCGCGCAUCGCUUGUGUCUGAAAGUUUUCAGAAUACCAGUUUGGAAGUUCAAUUGGAUGAACUGCAGAACUCUUUCCAGAAGCUUCUAGAAGAAGUGGCGCGAGCACAGAAGGGCGAAGGCGCUAAAGAUACUCAAUCUGUCACAGUUAUGGAAGUCCGAGCCGAAUAUGAGGACAAACUCAACAGGAUGAAGGCAAAAAUGAAACAACUCUGUCAUGAACAGAUAGCAUUAUUUAAAGAAAAGCAUAGAGAAGAAGUAGAGUCUCUUGAGAUGGAACUGAAGAAGGCUCACCAUAAGUUAAGGGAAUCGAGUCGCGCGUAUGAACAACAUAUAAAAAGUUUAACCACAGACCUUUGGAACGUUGGAGAGAAGUUUUUAGUGAAGAAGGAUGAAGCGGACUGGUUGAGGAAGAAACAAAAGUCUGGGUCUCUAAUGUCGUUACAACACGUGCAUUCGUCCGGUCUCGCCCUUCCGCCAGAAGAGCUCCCCUCCCGUCCUUCUGACACGCAUUCGUUGCGAUCUUUGCCCGUUUCAAGAAAUAAUCCUAAAGGCCGUGCGCUGCAGAUGUCGGACGAGGAGGGCGAGGUGUUCGACAACCGCUGGCUGCGCGAGCUCGGCACGCCGCGCCUGUCCGAGCUGCGCUGGCGGAACUCGCUCUGUCCGCCGCACCUCAAGAGCUCCUACCCCGCCGAGACGCAGUUCGCGCCCGCCGUGCACGAGGACGACAUCAAGUGUACCGGCAAUAUGUCACUAGGAGGGAAGCAAAGGAAAGAAGUUGGUAUAACGGUGUACAAAAAACCCGGACCGCCGACACCUAGCAAACAGGCAGGCAGGCUCUCGGCAACUGAUUCUGAGUUACGUCAGUCGCUUCGAGUAGAAGCCGAUCCAUCAGCUUCCCGCAAGACUAGCACGCCCUCCCGGAUCCGCGCUCUGUUCCGAUCCGCCAAAAAUGACACUACAGAAGGUACUCCACGCAGUCGAAGACUAAGCAACAUUUUCAGAAAGAAAUAAUUGAAACCCACCUUGUUUUAUUUUCUAGUAUGUUCGAUUAAUAAAUUUUAUUAAUUUAUUACUUUUA